AUGCUGAGACCACUUCGUACAGGUCCUCAGAAGUUCAAUUUGGAGUUAAGAAUGAGACUAUUAUAGUGAAAGACCAUCAACAAGUGGUUCUUCAGAUGGUUGAAGAGCGUUCUUGAGAGAUCUACCACUACCCUGACUGAUUCCUCUGGUCAAUGGCCCAAUCGUAUUUCAGAUUAGUCUCUCAGACUCUUAGAAGAUACUUGAUAUUAUAAAUCCAAGCUUGUGAUUUUCCUGUUAGGGGGGGUCGUGUAGGGUGCAAUGUAUUGCAGGAGCUCGUCUUGGCCACAUACAACAGUGGUGGACUUUGAGGUGAGCUUAAGACAGAGUAAGAACGGGGACCAUCUGACUUCCAAUAACUUCAACUUGUGGGACCUGACUGGGACAAACAACCUCUAAACAACACCCCUUAGUAAGAACUGGGAUCAAUUGCCACCCCAUUGCUCCCUGGAAUAAGAACAUAGUUCUCCCAUAGGUUCCCAUUACAGGUUGAGGUCAAUUGUCUUCCAACCUUUUUUUCCAUAGGAAGAAGCAGGAAGACUCCCAACUUCCCAUAGCAAGAACUUUGAAGAAUACGGAUUCCUACAGCCCCCCCAUAUUGACACUUGCAGGCAAUUUGCUCUCUUUGUUCUAAGAAUGGAGCACAAUAACCCCACCCAUGUACUUCCAUAGAUACUGACCGACUAAACAAACUGCAACUCCCUGUCUUAUUCUUCAAACAUUGUAGCAGGUCAAUACCCCUCCCGGUAUGUUAAUGAGUUGGCUUCUGCUGCAUGGCUUAGAAUUGCUCCUCUGUAUAGAUCUGCACCUUCUGCCCCUGAAAACCCCUCUGUAUAGAUCUGCACCUUCUCCCCCUGAAAACCUCUCUGUAUAGAUCUGCACCUUCUCCCCCUGAAAACCCCUCUGUAUAGAUCUGCACCUUCUCCCCCUGAAAACCCCUCUGUAUAGAUCUGCACCUUCUCCCCCUACUGACCCCUCUGUAUAGAUCUGCACCUUCUCCCCCUACUGACCCCUCUGUAUAGAUCUGCACCUUCUCCCCCUGAAAACCCCUCUGUAUAGAUCUGCAUCUUCUCCCCCUGAAAACCCCUCUGUAUAGAUCUGCAUCUUCUCCACCAAAAAACCCCUCUCUAUAGAUCUGCACCUUCUCCCCCUACUGACCCCUCUGUAUAGAUCUGCACCUUCUCCCCCUACUGACCCCUCUGUAUAGAUCUGCACCUUCUCCCCCUACUGACCCCUCUGUAUAGAUCUGCACCUUCUCCCCCUACUGACCCCUGUAUAGAUCUGCACCUUCUCCCCCUACUGACCCCUCUGUAUAGAUCUGCACCUUCUCCCCCUACUUACCCCUCUGUAUAGAGCUGCACCUUCUCCCCCUGAUAACACCUCUGUAUAUAUCUGCAACUUCUCUCCCUGAAAACCCCUCUGUAUAGAUCUGCACCUUCUCCCCCUGAAAACCCCUCUGUAUAGAUCUGCACCUUCUCCCCCUACUGACCCCUCUGUAUAGAUCUGCACCUUCUCCCCCUACUGAACCCUCUGUAUAGAUCUCUACCUUCUCCCCCAAAAACCCCUCUGUAUAGAGCUGCACCUUCUCCCCCUGAAACCCCUCUGCAUAGAUCUGCACCUUCUCCCCCUGAUAACACCUCUGUAUAGAUCUGCACCUUCUUCCCCUGAAAACCCCUCUGUAUAGAUCUGCACCUUCUCCCCCUGAAAACCCCUCUGUAUAGAUCUGCACCUUCUUCCCCUGAAAACCCCUCUGUAUAGAUCUGCACCUUCUCCCCCUGAAAACCCUUCUAUAUAGAUCUGCACCUUCCCCCCCUGAAAACCACUCUGUAUAGAUCUGCACCUUCUCCCCCUGAUAACACCUCUGUAUAGAUCUGUACGUUCUCCCCCUGAAAACCCCUCUGUAUAGAUCUGCACCUUCUCCCCCUACUGACCCCUCUGUAUAGAUCUGCACCUUCUCCCCCUACUGACCCCUCUGUAUAGAUCUGCACCUUCUCCCCCUACUGACCCCUCUGUAUAGAUCUCUACCUUCUCCCCCAAAAACCCCUCUGUAUAGAGCUGCACCUUCUCCCCCUGAAACCCCUCUGCAUAGAUCUGCACCUUCUCCCCCUGAUAACACCUCUGUAUAGAGCUACACCUUCUCCCCCUGAAAACCCCUCUGUAUAGAUCUGCACCUUCUCCCCCUGAAAACCCCUCUGUAUAGAGCUGCACCUUCUCCCCCUGAAAACUCCUCUGUAUAGAGCUGCACCUUCUCCCCCUGAAAACCCCUCUGUAUAGAUCUGCACCUUCUCCCCCUGAAAACCCCUCUGUAUAGAUCUGCACCUUCUCCCCCUGAUAACACCUCUGUAUAGAUCUGCACCUUCUCCCCCUGAAAACCCCUCUGUAUAGAGCUGCACCUUCUCCCCCUGAAAACCCCUCUGUAUAGAGCUGCACCUUCUCCCCCUGAAAACCCCUCUGUAUAGAUCUGCACCUUCUCCCCCUGAUAACACCUCUGUAUAGAUCUGCACCUUCUCCCCCCAAAAACCCCUCUGUAUAGAGCUGAACCUUCUCCCCCCAGUGACCCCUCUGUAUAGAUCUGCACCUUCUCCCCCACUGUCUCUGUAUAGAGCUGACAAUGUACCUGCCCCUUUGCCCCCCACAGACACAUACCCCCCAAUAACACUUGUGCAGAGCCAGAGAUAACCAGACCCCUCCCUAUAGCCCUAGAGUUCCCUCCUCCAGCCCAGGAUUUGCAUCCCUCGCUCCUCCCACUUUCCCUUUCUUUAGCCUGGGAGAGGGGGGAUUUAUUCCAGAGCAGAGUUUGCAGCAGGAGAAGCAGCAGCAGCAGAGGGAGAGAGUGAGGGGAGACAUAAGGACCAGACAAAUCUCCACUCUCAGUGAGUAACAUGCAGGCCCCAUCCCCCAGCUCUCAGCAGCCCCUCAAUCCUCUCCAGAAGACCCCCGGAUGCUAAAGACCCUCAUUCAUUCCAAGCAAUAUGGGAAAACUUCUCCUUCUCCUAAACUUUCCCCCCUUUCCUUAAACAGCAGAAACUCCACCGACAACAAAGGAGGAAAAGAUCAGGGAGCUGACGUUCCAUUCAUUUCUCUGCUUUCUUUUUGUGUAUUUUGCCUUUUAUUUGCCCUUUAAUCAGCAUGUUUUCCCGGGAAUGUGCUUUGUACAUAAGGAUGUUAUUCACCUUGUGGGAUUUCUGCUCCAUCUCAGCGCUGAGCCUGGACCCCAUUUACUGGAACAGCUCAAACAAAAGGUUUGAGGACACUGAGGGGUACGUGCUCUAUCCCCAGAUUGGAGACCGGCUGGACCUGUUGUGCCCCCGUUCUGAGCCCCAGGGCCCCUUCUCCUCGUCCCCAUAUGAAUACUACAAGUUGUACCUGGUGGGCACCAAGGAAGAGAUGUCCUCCUGCUCCAUCCUGAGAACUCCCAACCUCCUCCUGACCUGUGACCGACCCUCGCAGGACUUGCGCUUCACCAUCAAGUUUCAGGAAUUCAGCCCCAAUCUGUGGGGACACGAGUUCCAGUCUCAGCGGGAUUAUUACAUUAUUGCCACCUCGGAUGGGACGAUGGAUGGGAUAGAGACCCUUCAGGGAGGAGUGUGUGAGACCAAAGGCAUGAAGGUCACCUUAAAGGUUGGGCAGAGUCCUAAUGGGGCGACUCCUCCUCGCAGACCCUCAUCUGCAGGAAAGGAUUCUGGGAUUUCACCAUCCGUGCCAAACCCUGACAUUCCAAAUGUUGGAGCAGAAACAUCUGGCAAUGCAACCAAGACCGGGGAAAAUGGUCCUCUGCCCAUCUCCCAUGUUCCUCUAGUAGCUGGUGCUGCGGGUGGGGCUGCACUUCUGCUGCUGGUCUUUGGAGUAGUGGGAUGGGUCUGUCAUAGGCGACGUCAGGCCAAACACAGCGACACCCGGCACCCACCUCUCUCUCUAGGAUCCAUCACCUCCCCAAAAAGAGGAGGUAACAACAACGGCCAUGAGCCCAGUGACAUCAUCAUGCCCCUUCGACCGUCCGAAGCGGGUGCCUUUUGCCCUCACUAUGAGAAAGUCAGUGGGGACUAUGGACACCCUGUUUAUAUCGUUCAGGACAUGGCCAGCCAGAGCCCUGCCAACAUCUACUACAAAGUAUGAAACAACUGCCAGCAUUUUUUGUCCUUGUAGCUUUUUGUUUUUGGGCGGGGCUGUAGGAUGUUUGUGGGGUGGGUUGCAGGAUGUCUUGGAAUGAAGGUGGGAAUGUGUUCAUUGCAAUGUUGGUAUUUGGAGGGUAAGUCUUGCAGCUUGCCUCUUGCACCUCUUCUCCAAAGGUUUGGUCCAUGAUCGUAUUGUGAGGCAGUCAAAAACUAAUAUUAAGAGGUUCUGCAUUACAUAUGUAAGCCUAAAAAAUAUUUCCUUUGCACCAGCAGCCAUGUUGCUUGCCAUGCCACCAGUCAUUUUGCUUGAGGCACCCAUAUGACUGCACUUAAGGCAAACAUGGAGGAGAAGGACUCAGCUUUGGCUUCAUCUGGGGCAAAGGAACAAAGGAACAUGCCAAGGGGGAAGGUAGAACCUUUUUGUGCCAGUUUUCCAUUUUUCACCGUGUUCAAGAAGAUGGUCGGCUUGUUGCUCGUCUGUGAGGUUCUCCCACUGAUGGUACAAUUCUGACGUUGAGAAAAGACUCAAUCAAUGUGGACAAAAAAAAAAGUCUGCCCUUGGUGUCCUCUUUGUUUUUCUUCUUUUUUUUUUUUUCCGUAAUCCAACCCAACGCCUUAAAUUGUUACCUGUGCCAUAUCUGCCCUUAUUUUCCUCCUGAAUUUUGCGCAGAAGUUCAGAACAAAACCCUGAACAUAAAUCAAAGUGUCCUCAUACAAUUCCAUUAUCCAUGUGUAGACCCGUUGUGCCUUUUAGAUACAGGCAAGAAAGAGCCCUUACAUGUAACCCCUUUUUCCGCUGUCAGGUUUAAACUUCUUUGUCUCGACAACCCCCCAAAUUAAUUUAUUUCUCCAUGCCGGGAGCACAACAAGAGAUGGAGCACCUGAAUGAGGCUGGACAUCCCUGUUCCACAGCCUUUGUUUAUAUUAAGAGUUAAACCCUCUGCAUUUUCAAUGUUCUUGGGUAAAGAAAUAUCAGACACAGUGAGAAAUUCUGUCCAACUGUGCGUGCGUACUGGGACUCGCUGAAAUAUGGCACCUCGGCCGGGGGCAAGGGAGAGGAAACAAGUGGGGGGGUGAAGGAAAAUGGAGCGUAAUUAAGCUAGGCCCUGUAUCCAUAGCAACCGAUUGGGCCUACUUGGUCCUUAGCGUCUCUCCCUCCUUCUCCUCCUCUCCGCGUCUGCCUCUCUUCUCGCUAUGGCAUUAAAAGUGUCGGUCGCCAGGGAGACCGGGAGCGAAAAUGAGAGAUAAAAAAGGGGGAGAUGUCGUUUUUUGUUUUUUUUUACGGCUCAGCGUUACAAGAUAUUUGAAGAUGUCAGCCGCCCGAGUAAAUACACUUGAUAAAAGAUGGGCCGCGCAAGGCGGGGGGUCCAUUUUUAAACUUGACGACGGUCCCCCAUGUCUUACAAUUCCAAGUGAAAUCAGAGUCUGUGAAAAUUAAAAAAAAGACCCCUGCUCCCACGGUAGACUGACAACUAAAAGAAAAGUAUUAAAAAAGAAUAGUCGAUUAAAUCUCUUUUUUUUUUUUUUUGGCUGAGUUUUUCAGCAUAAUGAAACUUUUACGGGAGCAAAAAGUACAAUGGCCGGCGAUGACCUUGACAUGAGCGAGCCAGUCUUUUCCCUGCUAUAAUGAUCCUGCUUUUCUGUCCGUCUCUAAGGAAACAUUUAUAUGUCAAGUAUCACAUUCUUCCAAGGCUGCUCUGGGGAUUCCAAAAUUCAAAUCCGAGAUUUGAUUAAAGGGAUACUGUCAUGGAAAAAAAAAUGUUUUCAAAAUGAAUCAGUUAAUAGUGCUGCUCCAGCAGAAUUCUGCACUGAAAUCCAUUUCUCAAAAGAG